CCAUGGCCGUGGACGACAAGGUGAAGAGGUGUCCGACGGUAUGGAGUGUGAUCAAGCCCUUCGUGAAUGGCGGCACCGCGGGGAUGUGCGCUACGGUUGUGAUCCAGCCCAUUGACAUGAUCAAGGUCCGGAUCCAGCUAGGGCAAGGAGGAGCGUUCCAGGUCGCCAAGCAAGUGAUCCAGAACGAGGGAUUCUUCUCUCUGUACAAGGGUCUCACUGCUGGAUUGCUGCGUCAAGCAACUUACACCACCGCUCGUCUCGGAUCUUUCAGGCUGCUGACCGCGAAAGCCACUCAAGCCAACGAUGGAAAGCCGCUCCCGCUCUACCAAAAGGCCUUUUGCGGUCUCACUGCGGGAGCGAUCGGUGCCUCCGUUGGAAGUCCCGCAGACUUGGCACUCAUUCGCAUGCAAGCCGAUGCCGUGCUGCCCCCAAAUCAGCGAAGGAAUUACCAGCAUGCGCUGCACGCUCUCUCUCGAAUCGCUCACGACGAGGGAGUUUUGGCACUGUGGAAGGGAGCUGGCCCGACUGUUGUUCGUGCCAUGGCUCUCAACAUGGGAAUGCUGGCGUCUUACGAUCAGUCCGUGGAGUUCUUCAAGGACACGCUCAAUUUCUCCGAGGUCCAAACUGUUGUUGGUGCCAGUGCUGUGUCGGGCUUCUUUGCGUCGGCCUGCAGCCUCCCUUUCGAUUACGUCAAGACUCAAAUCCAAAAGAUGCAGCCCGGCCCGGACGGCAAAUACCCGUACUCGGGCUCAGUUGACUGCGCUGUCAAGACGCUGAAAACUUAUGGGCCUUUGAAGUUCUACACUGGCUUUGGGACAUACUGCAUUCGGAUUGCUCCUCACGUUAUGAUGACUUGGAUAUUCUUAAAUCAGAUACAGAAAUUCCAGAGAAUCAUUGGUUUGUAAAUGCAAACCGGUGGAUUUGCUUUAAAAUUUUUGAGAAUCAGUCAGCCGCGAGGUUUUUGUU